AUGUCCCACCUUGUCCGAAUGUCCUUUGCCGAUCCUAGCACACCUCAGAAAGUUCUACGUGAUAUCUCUUUGGGAGUCGACCUUACUACAGUGCCGUUCAUCGGAACCGCGUCCGAUGCCGGUCUUGCAUUUGACUUCACGUUUCCUGAACCAGCCGUGAAAGAUAGUGUAGGGCCGCUACCGUUGGCUCUCGACAUGUGGUCACCAACAAAUGCAUUCGAUACAUCCCCUCUUAGACAGGGUUGUGAAUGCUAUACGUGUAAAAACCAUCACCGCGCAUAUCUCCAACAUUUGCUUAACGCAAAGGAAAUGCUUGCCUGGACAUUGCUACAGAUUCAUAAUCAUCAUGUAAUGGACCAAUUCUUUGCAGCAGCCAGAAGAAGUAUCUCAGAUGGAACAUUCUCUCAAAAUGUGGACACAUUCGAGAGGACAUAUGCCUCUGAAUUUCCUGAGCAGACAGGCCAAGGUCCAAGGGUACGAGGCUACCAAGCAAAAUCAGAGUACGGGACUCCAAAAAGGAACCCUAAAGUAUAUGGUCGGCUGGAUGAUCAUGCGGAGAAACUCAUGGAAGCGGAGUCCGGUGUAGCUACCCCAGAUACGGGAGCAGAUGGGUUGCAGGCACACGGCUUUGCUCGGAAAUCACAAUAA